UUGUUAAUUUGGUUUGAUUGAUUAGGAGUCGGAAAUCAAAUCAAAUCAUCUAAAUCAAACAAGUUUAAAUUUUUAAUCAAAUCAAUUGUCCAAAUUAACAAAACUAAAUUAUCCAAUGAGUUUCAUUUGAACACCCUACUGGCUACCUACGCGGACGGCGGACGGCGGACGACAAGUCUUUCCCUAUUCUGUCCAGUGUGCACCGUCGUACUUCUGCCAAACACCGUCAGCUGAAAGCGAGGGAUGAGUUUGGGCUUUUCGGCCCUAAGAUGACUGCGACGGAGAGUGGUGACGGCGUUCAUUUUCACUACGUGUCGAUUUGUCAUUGGCAUAAAACCUUUGUAAAUUUUUUACCUGUACAAUUUUCAUCCAUCACCAUCCCACGAUCUGGUCUGCUGGUUGUUGUUAAAGCAUAUUUAUUUUUGAAGCCGAUGAGAUCUGCGGUCCUGAUCUUUCCGUUUACUAAAACAGCGAUAAUAGGACGGAAGUCACCAUCUGCUCACUUCUUUGACUUCUUCUUCCCUCUUCCCUUCCACUCGGCCUCUCUCUCCGUUUUAAAGCCUCCCCUCCAUCCUUUUUGUUUCUUUUUUCCCCUUCACUCUCUCCCUCUCUCUGUUUCUUGGCUUCUCGGCUGGUUCUGGUAUUGGCCGACUUUCGGGCUUCCGGCCAGGUAACCAGCUCUACUUUCUACUGUUUUCUGCCGAAAGUUUUGAUCUUUUUGCCUUUCUACUUCCUGUUGUGACUGGAAAUGAAACGGGUCAUCUGCUGAUUUGUUGUUGACUUUGGAUUUCCUUUGCUUUAAAAUAAUGGCUUCCGUUUUGUGAGAGUUCGAAUCAAUCUGCCUGGAAAUUUUGUGUCUUUGUUGUUGGCUGCUGCCGAGAAAUCGAAAAUAUCAUCAGCGUUUGAAUAGGCUGUUCCUUCUUUUCACAUUAGACUCUGUUCACACGAAAUUUUUAGCUACCGCGCGCUGGUCAGCCGCCAUUUCUGGGGCUCGCGAGUUAUACAUUGGAGUUAAUUUUUGAUUUCUUACGGUUUCCUGAGCUUUUUCUGUUCUUUAAAUUUCCAGGGUAUCGAGAGAUUGCGGUUAGAGGGGGUAGUUAAGGAGCAAGCAUGGAUCAUCGGUUGAGCAGAUUCUCCAUUCCAAUAGACGAAGCCCAAUUGAGAGAGCAGCAAAUCUCUAUUCAUCCAAAUCCAAACCUCCUUCCCAGCCAAAGAACUAACUUGGUGGAUCACAACAACAACAACAACAACUUCAGUAGAGGUUUCCAUCAUGACUACAUCGCAUCUCAUUCUAACCCUUCCUCCAAUGAAACCUCCAAAUCCACUGUAACUCGAGAAGAAGAAUACCCAGAAGAAGAAGAAGAAGACUGCGAUUUUUCAGAUGCAGUCUUGACCUACAUAAGCCAGAUGCUUAUGGAAGAAGAAAUGGAAGACAAGCCAUGUAUGCUUCAAGACUCAUUAGAUCUUCAGGCAGCUGAGAAAUCUUUCUAUGAUGUCCUAGGCCAGAAGUACCCACCUUCACCUGAGCCUAACAACCACCCAUCUGAUGAUGUUAUUAGCUACUACUUAAAUGCUAAUCCUAGUUGGGAUUGCAAUCAGACUGACUAUGAUCAUCACUUUCAACCUAUUAAUGCUUCCACCACCAUUUCUCAAUCUUCUCAUACUUCUUCCAAUAAUAGCGUUGUUACAAGCACAGAUGGGCUGGUGGACUCUCCCAGCAGCACGUUUAAGUUCCCUGAUUUCAGCAGUGAGAGCCAGUCCAUUUCGCAGUUCAACAAAGGUGUUGAAGAAGCUAACAAAUUUCUCCCAACUUCCAACAAUCUGCUUCUGAAUAUUGAGACCAAUAGGUUGCUGAAUCAGCAGCUGCCAAAGCAUACGAAGAGGGAUGAAUUACAGAUGGAAUCUUUACUUUGUGGGUCAAGAGGAAAGAAGAACACUGUAAGGGAUGAUGUACCAAUUGAAGAAGGGAGGAGCACAAAGUUUUUGGCUGUCUAUAAAGAAUCCGAUUUGCCACCAGAAGUGUUCGACAGCGUGUUGCUUUGCAGCGUAGGCAAAGGCAAGGAAGACUUGACAGCACUUCGCGAUUCAUUGAAGAGUGCCACAAUAAAGAACAAGCAGAGUGGACAGCUGAAGACAUUCCAACACGGCAAAGGUAGUCGUGGAAAGAAAAGCAGCACCAGCACCAGUGGGAAGAAGAAGGAAGUUGUGGACUUGAGAACACUCCUCAUCAGUUGUGCCCAAGCUGUUGCUGCUGAUGAUGUGUGGAAUGCAAGUCAACUGCUGAAGCAAAUUAGGUUGCAUUCCUCACCCUUUGGCGAUGCGAACCAGCGACUUGCUCACUGUUUCGCUGAUGGACUUGAGGCACGCCUGGCUGGAACUGGCAGCCAGAUCUACAAGGGCCACAUCAACAAGAAAACCUGUGCUGCUGAUGUGUUGAAAGCUUACCAUCUUUUCCUUGCUGCUUGCCCUUUCAGAAAGCUUUCUAAUUUCGUCUCCAACAAGACCAUAAGGAUUGCUUCGGGGGAUGCAAUGCAGGUCCACGUCAUCGACUUCGGAGUUUUGUACGGUUUCCAGUGGCCAACCUUAAUUCAACGGGUGUCGUGGAGACCGGGUGGUCCACCAAAGCUUCGUAUUACCGGGAUAGAGUUUCCACAGCCUGGCUUUCGGCCAGCAGAGCGGGUAGAAGACACGGGACGUCGCCUGGCAGAAUAUGCGGCAAAGUUCAAGGUGCCAUUCGAGUACAAUGCAAUUGCAAAGAAAUGGGAGAAUGUACGGCUCGAGGAUCUCAAGAUUGAAAGAGACGAAUAUGUGGUUGUGAAUUGCUUGUACCGGUCGAAGAACGUGUUGGACGAGACAGUGUCAGUGGAUAGUCCAAGGAACAUUGUCCUAAGGUUGAUAAAGAAGAUAAACCCUGAUAUUUUCAUCCACGGGGUCAUCAAUGGGGCAUUCAAUGCUCCAUUCUUCGUGACAAGAUUCAGGGAGGCGUUGUUUCAUUUCUCUGCAAUGUUUGAUAUGCUUGAAGCUGUUGUGCCACGCGAAGAUCAGGAGAGGAUGCUGUUGGAGAAAGAGAUCUUUGGGAGGGAGGCGUUGAAUGUGAUUGCUUGUGAAGGGUGGGAAAGAGUGGAGAGGCCGGAAACAUACAAGCAGUGGCAAGUUCGUUGCUUGAGGGCUGGUUUUGAGCAGAUUGGUUUCAAUAGAGAGAUCAUGAAGGAAGCGAAUGCGAAAGUUAAGGAACUUUACCAUAAGGAUUUUUUGAUCGACGAGGAUAGCAAGUGGUUGCUGCAAGGGUGGAAAGGUCGAAUAAUUUAUGCGCUUUCUGCUUGGAAGCCUUCUCUUAGCUAUGGUGCUUGACCGAGCGUUGGAUACUUGAAAAGCUUGACUUGCAUAAUCAGAACUUACAUGCUACUUCUACAGAUGAUGUGAUAUGACCUUUUUCUGCUAAUUUGGUAGAGCCCCAAUCUUUUUGUUUCUUUUCUUUUUCCUGGGAAUACGGUUAUAAGCAGUCUGGAAACUAGAGUAGAGCAGAAUGAUGCACAUAGUCACUUGUAAUGUACUAUUGAUUGCUUUUGGUAGGUGACAAGCUGUUGUAUAAUGUAACCUUUUGAUGGGUGACAAGUUUUGUAAUUGCUUUUUUGUAUGCAGUUUCAAAGUUUGUUGAGAACACGCCUCUUAUCGCUAUAUACUUCUGGGAAAGGGUCAUCAGCUGGUGUUCUUGUCUUCUUGACAGCUUUUGUUUAUACGGGAUGGAAGCUCUGUAAGCUUGUGGUCUUUUGGGUUUACCCAGCAGCUAAUUUACCAGAUUGGGGUUACUGGGCCUUCUGGUUUUAACCAGAAGCUAAUUUUACCAGAUUGAGUACUAUGAGAUUGCCCCUUCAGUCCUAGGGAGACAAAACUUAGUACUUCCCCAAAAGAAGCAUUGAACAACCUUCUUUUCUGACUCGAGCUGACUUGCUGUGUAUUUACUUAUGAAAUGCUGCAUUCCUUCCAGUUUGGUUGAUGGCUUGAUGCAUUUCAAAAGACCAUAAAGUCCAAGGUGGAAGUGGCCGUUGCCAGGUAAACUCACUCAUUUCUUCCCUUCUCCUCCAAAAAUGUCUGUUUAUGGGGCAUAGUAUGUCUGUUCCUUUUAGUGGGUUAUGACUCCAAUACACGAGCCACUGUUCAGAGAUGGGAGUUCAUAUGACUAAGGUUGAGCAGCUGUUCCCUUCUACAAUCAUUCUACAAAGUAGCCUUUCAUGAGCCAUCUUAACAGCUUUGGGUUAAGGUUGAGCCAUGUGCCUGGGGAAAGUUGCAGACUUUCGGCACAAAUGGUGGGGGAUUAAAUUAAAUGUUGCAGG